AUGAGAAAUACUAGUAAAGAACUUGUCAGUGAUUAUAGUUCUAUAGCAUCCCACAAGACUCUAUAACCGAAAUUUAAUAAAUGGGAACAGAAUGCCAUCAUUGCAGCUGGUGGAAAUGGAUUUGGGCAAGAAUUAAAUCAACUCAAUUACCCUAUUGGAAUCUUCAUUGACGAAAAGAAAAAUAUUUUCAUUACUGAUCGAGAUAAUCAUCGAAUUGUUGAAUGGAAAUAUAAUGCAAAGGAAGGAGAAAUCAUUGCAGGUGGAAAUGGACGAGGAAACCGAAUGGAUCAAUUAAAUUCUCCAACAGAUGUGAUUGUUGAUGAACAAAAUGAUUCGAUCAUCAUUGCUGAUUAUGGAAACAGCCGAGUGAUUCAAUGGGUGAAUCAGAAUCAACAAAUUCUGAUUGAGAAUAUUGACUGUUAUAGCUUGGCAAUGGAUAAAAAUGGAUGUCUUUAUGUUUCUGAUCGUGUGAAAAAUGAAGUGAGACGAUGGAAAAUGGGAGAAUAUAACAACGAAGGAAUCGUAGUGGCAGGUGGAAAUGGAGAAGGAGAUCAACUCAAUCAACUCGAUUAUCCUGGUUUUGUUUUUGUUGAUAAAGAUCAGUCUGUCUAUGUAUCAGAUUGGAACAAUCAUCGUGUGAUGAAAUGGAGAAAAGGUGCAAAAGAAGGAACAGUUGUGGCUGGAGGAAAUGGUUUUGGAGAAAAUCUUAAUCAAUUGUCUUAUCCUCAAGGAGUAGUUGUUGAUCAUUUAGGUCAAAUCUAUGUGGCAGAUUGGGAAAACCAUCGAGUAAUGCGCUGGUGUGAAGGAAAAAAAGAAGGUGAAAUUGUUGUUGGUGGAAAUGGUCGAGGAAAUCAAUCGAAUCAGUUGUAUUAUCCCCGUGGUUUAUCUUUUGAUGGUGAAGGCAAUCUUUAUGUUGCUGAUUCGACAAAUCAUCGAAUUGCAAAAUCUGAAAUAAUUUUGUGA